AACUGAAUAAAAUACUGUCGUAAAACACAACACCAGAAUAGUGAAAGCAAUAAAAAUGGUUGAAACGGAAAUAAUUGUUACCAACUCGGCCGAGCCCACCACAAAAGCCAGUUUAAUUGUUGUCUCAAAUCGUUUGCCUUUUGUGUUGGUAAGAAAUCCCACAACCGGAAAAUUGGAACGCAAAGCAAGUGCUGGUGGUUUGGUUACGGCUGUAUGUCCCGUUGUCAUUCGUGGUCAUGGUUUAUGGGUUGGUUGGUCCGGCAUUCAUUUACAGGAUCCUAAUGAACCAAUUCCGGAAUCUAAUCCAACGGAUCAAACACCAACAGCCGGUCUGAAAUCGGAACAGGUCGUUUCGGUCAAUAUAAAUCCAAAAAUCUUCGACAGUUACUAUAAUGGUUGUUGCAACAAAAUAUUCUGGCCCCUAUUUCACUCCAUGCCCGGCAGAGCUACCUUCGGUGCGGACCACUGGAAUGAUUACAUUACAGUGAAUAAACAUUUCGCUGCUCGCACCAUAGAAGCAUUAGAAAAAUGCCUUGCCAAGAACAGUGGUCAGGACAAAAAUCCUCCUAUCGUUUGGAUUCAUGACUAUCAUCUAAUGUUGGCUGCUAAUUGGGUACGCGAACAGGCGGAGGAAAAGAAAUUACCCUGUCGUUUGGCAUUCUUCCUGCACAUUCCAUUCCCACCAUGGGAUAUUUUCCGUUUGUUCCCAUGGUCCGAUGAAAUUCUACAGGGCAUGCUGGGCUGUGAUUUGGUUGGUUUUCACAUACAGGAUUACUGCUUGAAUUUUGUGGAUUGUUGUCAGCGUAACUUGGGUUGUCGUGUGGAUCGUAACAAUUUGUUGGUCGAACAUGGUGGACGCACAGUUCGUGUACGUCCUCUGCCCAUCGGCAUACCCUAUGAACGUUUUGUCAAUUUGGCUCAGGAGGCACCCAGUGUUUUGAAGGGCACUGAACAGCAACAGACAAUAUUGGGUGUGGAUCGUUUGGACUAUACCAAAGGUUUGGUGCAUCGUUUAAUGGCAUUUGAGGUUCUAUUGGAAAAGUAUCCGCAACACAAAGAAAAAGUGUCCCUACUACAAAUUUCUGUACCCUCACGUACGGAUGUCAAAGAAUACCGGGAACUAAAGGAAGAAGUGGACCAAUUGGUGGGUCGCAUUAAUGGUCGUUUUACAACGGCCAACUGGGCUCCCAUACGCUACAUUUAUGAUUAUGUAGCUCAGGAUGAAUUGGCUGCAUUGUAUCGCGACGCAGCAGUUUGCUUAGUAACUCCCCUCAGAGAUGGUAUGAAUUUAGUAGCCAAGGAAUUUGUGGCCUGUCAAAUUAAUCCUGUACCAGGCGUCCUGAUCAUUUCACCAUUUGCUGGUGCUGGAGAAAUGAUGCACGAAGCUUUACUCAGUAAUCCGUAUGAAGUUCAUCAAGCCGCUGAAGUUAUACACAGAGCCCUAACAAUGCCUGAGGACGAGAGAACUCUCCGCAUGAGUCGUUUGAGAAGACGAGAAUCAGAGUGCGAUGUCAAUCAUUGGAUGCGUUGCUUCCUAAAGGCUAUGGGUACAUUGGAAAUGGAUGAUGUGGGUACCACAACAAUGCAGCCAGUAACGGUCGAUGACUUUGAUGAUUAUUUGCUGAAGUAUAUUGGUUAUAAUCACAAAUUGGCCUUAUUGUUGGAUUAUGAUGGUACAUUGGCGCCAAUAGCCCCCCAUCCAGAUUUGGCAACUUUAUCGCCCGAAAUGAAAAAUCUUCUAUUUAAACUCUCCAAUCACUCGGAUGUUUAUGUGGCAAUCAUUUCUGGUCGUAAUGUGGAUAAUGUCAAGAAAAUGGUUGGCAUUGAGGGCAUUACAUAUGCUGGUAAUCAUGGUCUGGAAAUUUUACAUCCAGAUGGCAGUAAAUUUGUGCAUCCAAUGCCCAUCGAAUUUGAAAAUAAAGUCAGUCAACUACUCAAAGCUUUACAAGAUACCGUUUGUCGUGAUGGUGCCUGGGUUGAAAACAAAGGUGCUCUAUUGACUUUCCAUUAUCGUGAAACACCCAAUCAACUUAGACCAGCCAUGAUUGAAAAGGCUCGUAGCCUGAUGAUCAAGUAUGGAUUUAGAGCAACAGAGGCCCACUGUGCCUUGGAAGCUCGUCCACCUGUUCAAUGGAAUAAAGGUCGUGCAUCCAUAUAUAUUUUGCGUACCUCGUUUGGUGUAGACUGGAGCGAACGAAUUAAAAUUAUUUAUGUUGGCGAUGAUUUGACCGAUGAAGAUGCAAUGGUUGCCCUUAAGGGUAUGGCUCGUACUUUCCGUGUAACGUCUUCGGAUAUUGUUAAAACGGCUGCCGAUCAUCGUUUGCCGUCAACGGACUCUGUUUACACUAUGUUGAAAUGGGUUGAGCGUCACUUUAUGGGACGUAAGGCGCGAGCAAAUUCACUGACUUAUCGUAAUCCCAGAGGGGAUGGUGUACGAACACAAAUGUCUCUGGAAAUAGCCUCAAAUUCGAAUAGUCUGGAUGUUGAACAUGUUUAAAUGCAUUCCAAUGAAUUUAUAAGUAUUCAUUCCAAAAUAUGGAGAAUGAUAAUCCCUAGAUGUGUACCUUAAUCAGUUUGUUAAUAACGCUUAUCAAUAAAUAUUUGUUUAUAUUAAUUACA